AUGAAAGUGCCCAAGGGUGUCAAGAACCCUGUGUUUUAUGGGCAGCAGCCAGAGAAAAAGGUGCCAGUGUCCUCAGGGCACGAGAUAAAGCAGACCCCUGUGGUCCUGGCGAUGCUCAAAGGUCCGGGGCCUGCCCAGUACCUCCGGCCAUCCUGCACGGGCUAUAUAGACCACGAUGUCUCCAUGUUCCAGGAGCCGGCCUAUACCCUGCAUGCCCGGCACUCGGAGAAGCUGAUCGUGGACAUACGUAGCCCCGGGCCUCGCUAUUUCUUGGAUCCUAAGGUAACUCGGUUUGGGAUGGCCAGCUGUCCUCAAGUUCCCAUGGCAGAGCACAUCUCUAACCCGCGUCUGAGCCCCACCCCGGCCCCCUGCCAUUACCACCUGGAGAAGACCCACCCGCCUGGGGAACGCAGGGCUCCUGAGUACUCAUUUGGCUUCCGGUGCCCAUACCGAGUGAUGGACCCCAAUCCGGGCCCCAACCGGUAUCAGAUGCCACUCCUGCUGGGGCCCAACCUCCCUGCCAACAAAGCUGCUCCUUGCUAUAGCUUGGCCCACUUGGACAAGAACUGGUUCUACAAGAAUAUGUCAAGAGGCCCCGGACCGGCCGCACACCCCCGGCCAGAGCCGUCCGUCUAUCAGAACCGCAGCCCCGUCUAUAGCAUGGCCAAGCGCUUUGGCUACCCGGUGGACCACACACCUCGGCCUGGCCCCGGCUCCCACAACGUCCAGCAGGUCACGGCACACAAGCCCCGCCCGCCCGCCUUCACCAUGGGCAUCAAGCACUCGCCCCACCAAUGCCCGCUGGUCAUCGACAUUCGUGACUGA